ACACAAAGUUGAUUGGAGUUGUGCGGGAGGGGGCUUGUUUUUACUUUUUAGCAGCAGCAAGGUCGUUCUUUGUGUCAAAAAUUCACGACUUGUGACGAAUAUUCAGAUUUUUAUUAUUUAUUAGUGAGUUGAGUUACUGUUUGUGCUCCGUAACAAAGGUCAACAGUGCGCGCAUGUCGUAAAUAGCGAUUAUUUAAAUCAGCUCGUAAUAUCGAACGGUCCAAUGAGUUUGGGAGGAGGUCACAGUGCUGAGGGAUCAAAUGGUGGAGGAAUAUUCGUCCAAUUCAACCAAGACUGCACGUCCCUGGUAGCGGGCAGCAGCAGUGGGUACCACCUUUUUGCGCUAACUCCUGAUGAUGGAAUUGAGGAAAUCUACGCGAGCCGGUCAGGACAGGACACCUGCCUGGUGGACAGACUCUUCAGCAGUUCCCUGGUGGCUAUUGUCACUGUUGCAGCUCCCAGGAAGCUGAUCGUGUGCCACUACAAGAAGGGCACGGAGAUCUGCAACUACAGCUACAGCAACACCAUCCUCGCCGUGAAGCUGAACCGCUCGCGCCUCGUCGUGUGCCUGGAGGAGUCGCUGCACAUCCACAACAUCCGCGACAUGAAGAUCCUGCACACCAUUCGCGACACGCCGCCCAACCCGCGCGGCCUGUGCGCGCUGGCGCCCAGCGCCGAGCUGUGCCACGUGGCCUACCCCGGCAGCAGCGCCGUGGGCGAGGUGCAGAUCUUCGACUGCGUGCACCUGCACGCCAAGUGCGUGCUCAGCGCGCACGACAGCCCGCUGGCGGCGCUGGCGUGGUCGGCGUGCGGCCGCCGCCUGGCCACGGCGUCCGAGCGCGGCACCGUCAUCCGCGUUUUCCUGGUGCCCGAGCGCACGCGCCUCUACGAGUUCCGGCGCGGCGUCAAGCGCUGCGUGGCCAUCGCGUGCCUAGCCUUCAGCGCGUGCGGCGCCUACCUGGCCGCCACGUCCAACACGGAGACCGUGCACGUGUUCCGCCUGGCCGAGCCGGCGGCGGCCGCGGGCGCCGCGCCGCCCGCCGACGGCUGGAUGGAGUGGCUGUCGUCGGCCGUGUCGGCGGGCGCGGGCUACCUGCCGGCGCAGGUGGCCGACGUGCUGGCGCAGGGCCGCGCGUUCGCCGCCGCGCGCCUGCCGCGCGCCGCCAAGCGCGCCGUGGCCGCCGUCACCAACGUGGCGCGCGCGCCGCGGCUGGUGGUGGCCACGGACGCGGGCGCGGUGCACGUGUUCGCGCUGGACGCGGCCGAGGGCGGCGACUGCGCGCUGCUGCGCACGCACCGCCUGCUGGACGCGCCGCCGCCGCACCGCGCGCAGGAAGCCGCGUCGGGCUGCAGCUACGCGGGCGCGCUGCGCGGCCGCCAGCCGGACGCCAUGACAGAGUGUUGGGGGCGUUGCGAGUGUACGGAUGCUGUGUCGGCAGAGUCGGAGCGCGCGAGCGAGCUGGGCGCGGCGCUGGCGGGCUCCCCCCCGCGCGGCGCCUUCGACCUGCGCGACCAUCGCCACUUCCCGCCCAUGCGGACCGCAGCCGAGCCCCCCGCCGAGUAGGCCCCCACCCGCCGGCACUGACAACACAGUACUGAGUGCCUAGUGGGAGUCUUCAAUGUUUUCAUACUGUGACGUGAAUUUGUAAGGAAUUGAAACAGUUGUGCAGUAGUGCCACUAGAUGGCGCUGUUUCAAUUCCUUAGAAAUUCGCGUUUAUGGUUACGCGAUAGUCACAGUGUGAAAACAUUGAAAACUGCCACUAGGCACACUGAACGUUCAAAUGUG